CUCGCGCCCUCGGCCGUUUUUCUGGGGUUCUUCAGCAUGUAGAAAUCGAAAGGUUGCAGCGGAUGUAUGUAGUGUAUUUCAACAUACAUGGUAUAUACUUACCUACCCUAGGAGGGUGGCGUCCGGCACGAUCGGGCUAUGUAGCUACCUAUGUACCUGGAACCAAUGUAUCUAUGUGAUGAAAAAGCUACAGUAAUGAUAUGUGUCUCUUAAGUGUGACCAGUUCCUGCGGAGUGUGGGGUUCUGGUUCGUCCAUUUGGAGAUUUCGAGUCCCAACGAGGAAGGUUGUAGUUAAUACUAUAUUCUGUGUUAGAAUGAUGAUUCAGAAAAGUUGCCCACCGAGUUGUGACCCGACUCGGUCAAGUGUAGGAUCUCGGGGGACCUUAAGCGGCACCUGAUCGCCCCCAACAAUGUCUAGCCUGUUACCUAGAAGACAUGAUCAGACCUGAGACAACUUCAUUAAUAAAUUAUAUAGAGACAAAUGCUUAAGCUUGGGGUUUUGUUGGAAGUGGCACAAUUCUUCCAGGUCACAUUCACGAACGCUGUGUAUAAGGGGGUAACAGGAGAGCCAAAACCGGUUUCCUCUGGAUCAGUCACACAUUGGCAGUCGGCGAAAAACCAUCACCAGUGGACGUUCAGGGCGUUCGAAAGACACGAGAAACAUGUCUCAGUUCCCAUGCAUUCAACCACCAGGCAUCAAAUGUCGUGGAAAGCUAAGCCAAGCUCGCACGCCAAUAUUAAUGGAUAACA